CCUCCCCUUCGCCUCUUUGUGUCGGAGGCGGCAAGCAGCGAAGGCGGGCAGGCACGCAGAGGCAGGCGCGCUGCCCCCGGCCCAGCGGCCCACCCAGCCCUUCGGACCUCGGGGGGCGCGCACGACGGACGGGCGGGCGGGCGGACGGGCAGCGCUGCCAGGCGCCUUUGUUGGGCAGGGCCCCCCUCUCUCCCCCUCCCCUCCCCUCCCCUCCCGCGCCGAGCCCAGCCCCAGCAGACCCCCGCCCCGCCCCUCGCGACAGGCGUGGCCGCUGCUGGCUCUGCAGAUGCCGGGCAGAACCUGAAGCAGGACCCUCCACCUCCACCCCUGACACCAUGAUUUCCACAAAGGAGAAGUCCAAAGCCCCCAAGGACAGCAUGACACUCCUCCCCUGCUUCUACUUCGUGGAGUUGCCCAUUGUGGCUUCCUCCAUUGUAACCCUCUAUUUCCUGGAGUUAACGGACCUCUUCAAGCCUGCCCAGGUGGGUUUCCAGUGCUAUGACCGUGCUCUGUCCAUGCCCUAUGUGGAAACCAACGAGGAGAUGAUCCCAUUGCUCAUGCUCCUCAGCCUGGCGUUUGCGGCACCCGCAGCAUCUAUCAUGGUGGGAGAAGGCCUCGUGUAUUGCCUGCAGUCCCAGCUGAAAGGGCGCGCUGGGUCUGAAGGGAGCAUCAAUGCCGGUGGGUGCAAUUUCAACUCCUUCUUGCGCAGGACGGUCAGGUUUGUGGGUGUCCACGUUUUUGGCCUCUGUGCCACAGCCCUGGUGACCGAUGUGAUCCAGCUGGCCACGGGCUACCAUGCCCCCUUUUUCUUGACUGUCUGUAAGCCCAAUUACACUCUUCUGGGAAUCUCCUGUGAGGCCAACCCAUACAUCACUCAGGAUAUUUGCUCGGGCCAAGAUCACCAUGCCAUCCUUUCUGCUAGGAAAACGUUCCCCUCCCAGCAUGCCACGCUCUCUGCUUUCGCUGCUGUCUACGUUUCGAUGUAUUUCAACUCCAUCAUCUCGGACAGCACCAAGCUCCUCAAACCGAUCCUGGUGUUCACCUUUGCUAUUGCGGCCGGUGUCUGUGGCCUGACGCAGAUUACCCAAUACCGCAGCCACCCUAUUGAUGUUUAUGUGGGUUUCCUGAUAGGGUCCGGCAUUGCGGCCUACCUGGCGUUCCAUGCCGUUGGUAACUUCCAGGGACCGACAGAGAAGGCUCCUUCCAACCCCCCGGCCAAAGAUGCCCUGAGAGCUCUCACGCAGCGUGGCCAUGAUUCCGUUUACCACCAGAACAAGUCCGCUAGCACAGAUGAGCUCAACCCCCAGGGCCAGCUGGAGGGGAUGAACCGGCAGGUGCAGAGGGAGAAGAACUCGCUGGGCAGCUUGAAACGGGCGAGCGUCGAUGUGGAUCUCUUGGCCCCGCGGAGCCCCAUGGGGAAGGAGAACAUGGUCACCUUCAGCAACACCCUGCCACGGGUCAACACGCCCUCCAUGGAUGACCCUGCUCGUCGCCACAUGACCAUUCAUGUGCCCGUCGAUGCCUCUCGCUCCAAACAGUUGAUCACCGAAUGGAAGCAGAAAUCAGUGGAAGGACGUGGCAUGACGCUGGCAGAGGAAGUGGCCAGGAGAGCCGGCUCUGACUGCAUAGUUGGUGAAGAGGAGGACCACAUCCCGCCCUCCUUGUACCCCACAGUCCAAGCCCGGACUGCCGAACGGGCCUCCAUGGGCCCACGAGUUCUCAUCCAGCCGAGGCCCGGGGCUUCCCAACUGGUGCACAUCCCCGAGGAGAGUCAAGCCAAUGCCGGGGCCAACAUUUCUCCCAAAAGCAGCUCCGCCGUGAGGGCCAAAUGGAUGAUGAUGGCAGAAAAGGGGUCGGGGCAGCGGGUGGCCAACCCGCCACGCCUCAUGCAGGUGAUUGCCAUGUCGAAGCAGCAGGGGAUGGCGUCCGUGACCCCAAAACAUUCAGAGACCUCCUCCUCUUCCACCAGUUCGGAUUCUUCCCAGUACCGAUCUCCGUCAGAAAGAGACAGCUCCAGUGUCGUCACCAUCGAUGCCCACGCCCCGCAUCACCCCGUGGUUCACUUGUCGUCUGGGAACGGGCCUUGGGAAUGGAAGGCUACCCAGAAAGCUCCUGAUAUCCAAGAUGCUUACGAGCUCAAUGAGAUGAACAAGGAUUAUCGCAGCUUCCGGCCUGCCAAGAGUGCUGGGGUUUCUCCUGGCUCCUCUGUCAGUGACAUAGAACAGGACGAGUCACGCUACGGGAGCGUGGCCACGAUCAGCAUCGCCUCAGGAGUGGGGGGGAGUGGCCCAGUCAUGUCAGCAGAGGCCAGCCCUGCAGAGAACGUGAUGAGCGCUGCCAGCCGGGAGUCAACCCUGCGGAGAAAGCCGACCACUUUGACAGUGGGAGAGAAGGAGGGCCAAUCUGAGGAGACUGAAAAUUACUACAAGAAGAUUCAAGCCAACCGAAGGUUUAAGGAGUAAUUCUUUCUGCUGAGCCUUCACUUAUUCAGUUUGGGACUUUAAAAAAAAACAUGUAUUUAAGAGAGUGGGAAUCUUUGAGACAAGAUGUCAGUUUUCUGGGAAAUGUAAUCUGUGUGGUUCAACUGGAUGCCGGUGCUGGUGAAAAAGUGGCGCUUCCAAGACCAGCCAGCUUUCUGGGAUGACAACCUGGGAGCUGCUUCAGUAAAGUGUUUCAAGCCACAAGCUGGUUCUUCUUGUCUAGAUUAUCUUUCCUUAACUUCUUCUGGUCUGGAAAUGAAUAACAAUUUCUCAAAGCAAAUCAACUGGAUUUUCCAGUAGAUUUUUAAAAAGGUGCUCAAGGCAAUUCAGGACAGCAGUAAUUUAUUCCAAAUCAGGAACGGCUAGAACCAGCAAUGGAGGGAGGGCAGGGUGGGAAUUAAACAACACAGAAAUAAUCGAGGGUUCCUCCAGAUUGUACUCCUGACUUUCAUUUGCAGGAGCACAGAAAAUGUCAUUGCCAUUUGAGGAUAAGGAUUUGGGUCAUAUGGGGGAAAAGGUGUAAUGCGUCCCUGAGGGCUCCCUCCUCCACGGUGUUAAGAGGUGUCUUAUUUUCUUGUAGAUUAAAUUGCAGGUGGGGAGGGAAUCUGUAAAUAUCUGUGUUGUGGACAGAAGAGAGCAGAAGCCCUCCAACAGAGAGGGGAAAAGGCCCUUUUACGGAGGAUUGAGGUUGAGUGGAGGGUUGACCUCUUUCUCCCUUAAAAGUGCAGGUUGCUGACACGUAAAUCCUUAUGUUGCCGAAACAGGCCAGAGGGAGUCCAUCUUGUCCCACCUCCCUGUCUGUAAAAGUGAACCGGCCAGAUGAGUCUGGGAAACCUCUCAAAGGCUGCAAAAAACAGACCUUUUCGUUUUGCAGAAUGGGAUCAUCUUCCAGCAGCUGCAGGAAGGCCACACCUGGGACACUGAAGUCUUUGCCCUCCCAGAUUCCCUGCUCAGGAUUCCAGCUUCAGACGUUUCAUCUGAAUUUAAUUCCUUGCUCUGAAAUCCACCAGUGCUGUCGGAAGGACUGGGAACGUCCUUGGGAUUUGGGGCUGGGGGUGUGUGGAUUUGCAGGAUGCUGCUGAGAACAGGGAAUACAUUCAGUGCUGGCUGAGUGUUCCUCCUCUGGCUGGACAGCUGCAGAACUUCAGCUUCCUCAUGAUGGGCUGGAGCGAAAAGCAUCUCUAAUGUUGCACCACCUAGAAGCCUGGGAAUGCUGUGAGGGGAAUGCUUUGUGAAUGGCGUACGCUGGCCAACUCUUGUUUGGGGGAGGAGCCCGGGGGGCAGGGUUUGGUGAGGGGAGGGAUACCCCUCCUCAAGGGGUCAUUUCCUCCAGGGGAACGGAGCUCUGUAGUCUGUAGUUGCAAUUCUUGGAGAACUCACCUGGAGGUUGGCUAUCCUGGAGUGGGGUAAGUGUUGAGGCAUGAGUAUAGUUUGGGGGCAAAGGGAAGGAAUGUAUAGCCUUGCGGGAUGAUAUAGGGUCUAACUGGGGCAUCCACUGUUAGCAUGAGAAGGGUUCGAAUAAUGAGGGGUGGGGGAGAGAAUGGACCUAGAAUGGACCCUUCGUCAAGGGUUUCUUCAAGCCUAAUGUUGUCUAAAUGUUAGCAUGACCUUGAAGGUCAGAGAGCAGUUCCUGCUCUUUCUGGAAACCCCUCCCCCUCCCAAGUGCAUGAGGAAUAAGGUCCAGUUAUUUUGCUUUAUUUAGAAGAAUGGAUCCAUUUAAUUAACCGUGGGUGUGCUUAGAUGGGAUAGGACGAAAGUUGAUGGGAGAUUAUUUUGCCCUUCAUUCAGACAUGAGAGUGACCAGAUGUUUUUACUGUCUUGGGAUGAGAGGAAGAUGACUCUGUAUACAUUUGGAGGAGUGUAAUCUCAUUUUAAAAAUGGCUGCCAUGCCUCACAGUUGCUAGAAACAUAGACUAUGCAGACCAGGAUGACCUGGUACCCUGGUUUUCUCUUGCAUUCAGGUUGUGCCCAAGGAUUCUGCCUGCCUUUCAUGAUAGGGAUAAGAGGCCUGAAUUAGGGUGGAGAAUACGCAAAAAGAAGGGAGGUGCCUUCCAAAAUGGUGGGUUACUGAGAUAAAAUGAAGACCCCGGUGGCUUUCUGGGUCUUCCUAGUAGCAGUGGCUGGGGGACCAGUUGUUAUGUGGGAUUGUUGGCAUGAAUUAAAGAGGCUUGGGGUGUUUGUCUAAAUAGAAGGAAUCUAUAACUUUGUGGGGGUUCUGGGGAGUUUUCUUCCUGCUGAAAGCAUGAAGGAGGUGGGCAUGUAGAGGGGGAAGGGGGACACAUGGUGAAGGGGGACACAUGGUGGGUGGGGGAAAGGGCUUAAAUGUCAGACAUGGCUGGUGUUGAUGAGGGGCUACCAACUCCAGGUUGUAAAAUUCCUGGAGAUUUGGGGGUGGAGUCUGUGGAGGGCAGAGUCUGAAGGAAAGGCCUCAAUUUGCCCUCCAACCCAUCAUUUUCCUCCGUGGGAGCUGGGGUUCCUGGGGCCUCACCUGCGAGUCCACCCACAUGACCCAUUUUGCAAUUGGCACUUGUAAGCAAACCACUGAAUGGCUUCUCCAUCUUCUGGGAAUUUUUGGAAUCCUUUAAUUAAAGAAAAUAAACCUGAUUUCUCUGCUAACGUG